GUGCCAGGUCAUUGCACUUUCACAAAAGCGUAAAUAAAUAAUCUUUAUUUGCGAUUUUGAUUUCCACUUUAUUCCAUUGCUGUGUCUUCCAGAACUACCAUGGAUCUUUCUCACAUAGAGGCGUUCAAGAGCUUGGCACGAAAAGAUGCCAGUGAACGGAUGAAUGCUGAGAUAAAAAAACUACUGGAGACAGUCCCUGGACAACAGAGAGAGGAUGUGGAAAAAGAGUUGAAUGAUUUUAAGCAGCUGUUUGGAAGAUAUUUAAGAGAGACUGGACCUUCUGUUGUUUGGAGUAAAAUUCAUCCACCACCUCAAGGAUCGAUCAUCAGCUAUGAUGAAGUAGCCAAGUUGAAAACUUUGGACRUCAAGAGCGCACUAGACAAACUUGUUGUCAUCAAGCUCAAUGGUGGUCUAGGAACAACCAUGGGAUGCACUGGUACUAAGAGUCUUAUUUCAGUUUGCCAGGACCUGACGUUUCUUGAUCUCAACAUACAACAAAUUGAGCAUUUGAACAAUACCUAUGGAACCAAAGUUCCUUUGGUAUUGAUGAACUCCUUUAACACUCACGAAGAGACUGUCAAAACAUUGGCCAAAUAUGCUGCUUGCAAUGUGAGCAUUCAUACAUUCAACCAGAGUUGUCACCCAAGAGUAGUGACAGAAUCUCUGCUGCCUUUGGCUACUAAAUAUGACAAGGAUCCAAAGAAGUGGUAUCCCCCUGGUCAUGGAGAUAUCUACAAUUCCCUUCACAACUCUGGCCUCUUGCAGAAAUUCAUUGACGAUGGGAAAGAAUACAUGUUUAUUGCAAAUAUCGACAACUUGGGGGCAACUGUUGAUAUCCAUAUUUUGGAUUAUUUGAUGAACCAGACCAAUAAUACUCAUGAGUUUGUCAUGGAGGUCACUGACAAAACUAGAGCUGAUGUUAAGGGUGGUACCUUGAUUGACUACGAAAACCACUUGAGACUCUUGGAAAUUGCUCAAGUUCCCAAGGAGAAUGUUGAUGAAUUCAAGUCUGUGAGCAAAUUUAGAAUUUUCAACACCAACAAUCUUUGGAUUAACCUAAAGGCUGUGAAAAAACUUGUGGAAGCUAAGCAACUAGACAUGGAAAUUAUUGUCAACAAAAAGACUCUUGAUGAUGGCAUGCGUGUCAUCCAGCUAGAGACUGCUGUGGGAUCUGCUAUGAAGAACUUUAGUAACGCCAUUGGUAUAAACGUUCCACGUCGUCGUUUUCUUCCCGUCAAACGAACCUCUGAUCUAUUGCUUGCCAUGUCCAACCUGUACCUCAUGAAUCACGGUGAACUGAACAUGAACCCCAGAAGAUCAUUCCCUACUGUGCCACUAGUUGAGCUUGGAUCUUUUUAUAAAAAGGUCAAGGACUUUCUGCAACGCUUUGAGACUAUUCCCGAUAUGUUAGAGCUCGAUCACUUGACGGUGUCGGGUGACGUCACGUUUGGAAAGGGCGUGACACUCAAGGGUACGGUUAUCAUCAUUGCUAAUCACGGUGACAGGAUUGACAUUCCAGCAGGCGCUGUACUUGAAAACAAGAUCGUCUCAGGAAAUCUUAGGAUCCUGGAACACUAAAACAACGUAUUAACAGGAAUUCGUCUUUCUUGAAGACCAAGUGUUUCUCAGUGAACCUUUCAGCUGAAACUUCCGUCCAAGCGAGAGAAUAAGUUUCAUGAUGUAACAAUACUAACAGCUAUUCCUUGUUUGACUCGUUUCGCCGGCUGUGGCUCAAGUGUCUUUCCCCGUUAACAAAGUCUACGGAGAAGUCUGUUAGCAGGAAGGCAUUGUCUAAGAGAUAGUUUCUCGACAAGGCUACAUUACAGGAAGCAUUCUAGUCGAACUUGUUUGUCAAGUUUCGUUUGCGCCAAGUUUCAGCUGGAAGGUUCACCGUGUACCAGUGUGUUCGUGGUUUAACCACAUCCAAUAAUCAUUAGACGAUAUAUAUUACUGAAUUUAAAUUCAUUUUAUGGCAUAAAUCAUAAUAAUCAUAAUUAUAGAUAAUCGUGUAUUACACAUUUUAAAUCGUUAUGCAGUUUUUAUGCAGAGAAAAUGAACAAAUAGGCGCUGUGAAAACUGACAUUGGGGUAUAUAUAUCCCUUGGUAUGGGUGUGGCUCCCCACUAGCCCAAACGAAUCAUACCACCCCUGUCCAACAUGUAUUGCUACUAAUAAACUACCAAUGGGAAGAAGAUCACAGAUGAGGAUCAAGAAAUCCCCGGUAAUGCUUUUGUAUUACGCCUAUUUUAAGAGGGAAAAGAUUUUUUAAAAGAGAUGGUAAAAAAAGAGAAAAACAUCGCACGAUUUGUGAUUUAACUCAAUGUAAUAAAUUUUCUCUCUCAUGGUUACCCUGUUGUAAGCUAAAGGACUGGUGAUUGUUUGCAUGUUCGGUUUUUAAAAGUAAUAAAAUUUAUAUUUUGGAAUAUGA